GCUCAAUCGACUCUAUGUUACGCAUGCAGUGUUGUCACGAUGCCACCUUGGUAUUGCCGAAGCUAUUUUGUGCGAUGGAGAAUUCUUAGAUUGAUGCUUGAUCAAUCCAUGACUGACUACAAUCUGUACUAGAUUUGACUAUCACUUCAUCUUGGGCCAUGUUUGGCUCGUCACCAAGUCACGCUGAUCAACCAUCGACGGCCGUUAAGAUGGUAGCUCUGCAAGAUCGUGCGUUCUGCUCGGGACCAAAGACAUUCAAUGAGGAUUCGCUCAGCGUAGAUUCCUAUGAAAUCGCCAGUGGCCUAGAUUGUGUUGAUCCCAGUAGUCCUCUAGAUUCAGCGCGUAGUCAGGUGGCGUGCAGUCAGCGCAAUUCAUCUGCUGAUAUUCAACUCUCCUGCGAACGAUGUCCCAUUUGUGGUGAUCGGGUUUCAGGUUAUCAUUAUGGAUUACCUACUUGUGAAUCAUGCAAAGGUUUUUUCAAACGGACGGUUCAAAAUAAGAAAGAAUAUCAUUGCACGGAGCAUGGAAAUUGUGUAAUCGAUCGAAUACACCGCAAGCGCUGUGCCCACUGUCGAUUCCAAAAGUGCCUUGCUGUCGGGAUGCGCGUGGAAGCUGUGCGAAAAGAUCGAAUGCGCGGCGGACGAAGUCGUCGAGCCAGACUGCCGUAUAACCUAGGACGUGUUUCAUCCCAUUCCGUGGAGUCUGUCAAUGCAACCCAAUUCUCUUCUGGAAAGUCGUGUUCGGAUGAGUUACACGCAUUUAGUGUCCCUUCUCCAAUUCAUCGUUCGGCUUCUUCAGAAUUGUGCUCAGCAACUUCGAAUAACAAGUCUCGUGUUAUUGGGGCUCUGGGGUUAGAUAGCGCAUCGAGUUCCAUAAAGCCGGGUUUAACCCGCCUCAGUCAAUGCAGCCUCUCCUCAGAUGUACUAUGCAGUCUUCCACACAAUGUCAUCGGUUCCAAGCGUCUUGUGACGGACAAAUCCGUGGAACAGUCCAUUCGAAAUGCCGAUCAUUCUAGUCAAAACGUUGGCACAGCUCUUGCAAAUAAUCUCUUAGCCCACUGGCCCUCUACCACCGAAGUCUCAGAGGGAACAGAACAACCAUCGUGGAGUUCCGCCGCAAUGGCUAUUGCAGCAGCUGCUGCUGUGGCUGCCGCGUCUGUUUCCAAUUCGUUGGUUCAGGGUGUGAACACAUCCAACGGAUCAACGCCACCGCCGACGGAUAUUCCUGGGACUGUUCCGAUAAAGACGGAAUGUUUAUCUCCGUGUCACACACCCUACUCAGCCACUCCACCGAGCACAUCCAGCAGUAAAAUGGCGACGGAAUCGACUUUGCCCCAGUUUCCUAAUUCAUCUGCAUCCAAACGUUGUCGCUUCAGCGGUCCAGACCACGUAUUCCCCACAGGAUCACUUAUUUCCUGCUUGCCCCACAGCAGCAACAACAACAUGAGCACCAAGCCCUUACCUGCUUAUGCACCACCACCACCACCACACGCAUAUCGUCAGCUCUCCACACCUUACGAUUUCAACCAAUCCCUUACUAAUCUGUCCCAUCACAUUCGGCACUCAACUUCUGAUGAAUCAUGGUCUCACUCUUCUCAGCUUCCGCAACAUGCAUUGGAUUCCUCUGCUGUAGCGAAUGUUCAUUUCAAUAGCAGUCAUGUGCAAGAUAUCCGUUCUAGACAUUCUGUUUCUGGCUAUCCUGUGUUCCCGACUUCUCAGUCGCCGGCCACUGCGUGUCCGACUGCAUUCUUCCCCCCUGAUCAGCACCCGAAUGAGUCGUCUGUCAGGCGUUCGGUUUCUCUGACUUCACCCUAUGUGAACACAGAUGUGAGUUCUAUGAGGAGCCAGUAUUCCCAUACAUCUUUCGGCCAUUCGCGUGACCGGACCAUACUUGACUCUCUCGUUCCAUCUUCCUUGAGUUUUGGUGCCAAUUUAAAGUCUCCACACCUGGGUUCCACUUCACCCGCCUGUGUCACUCCUACUUCCGGUUCUACUUAUCCGCGGGGUAUCACAGCCCAUACUACUGGGCCACCUGAGUCUGUUUCCUUCGUAUCCGAACUUCAAGGUGGUGCAGGGGAGGCUCCAAAUCGGAGUCUCUCCGACGGCACUGGAGCGUCUGGCGAAAGUGUCGAGAGUGACAUUGAUCUGGAGCAAGAAAAUCAGUAUACUACCGAUUCGGAGGAGCGCGACCACGAUUAUGAUGAUGAUGACGAUGACGAUUACGAUUACGACAGCAGUUCCUCGAGCGAUGAACCGUCAUCAAGUGAUUACGUUUCCUAUGGUACUAAUGAGAGCAAACUAGCUACUGAUUGUUCCUUCAACUCGGCUGACCAGAGUUUCGGUGCGAACAACAACAACAAGGGUUUGUUCCGGAAAGUCCCACUCAAUCUCCCUCAAUUGUUCAAUGCGGCCGCUGACCACGAUCAGAAAUUAAAUGAACUGAUACAGCAGUUUCUUCCGCAAAUCAAGAUACAUCUAUCCGAACUACGCACAACCAAGGAGAACCCCCAAACGUCACCUGAUACACAGUCCUGUACAAACGGACUUGGCCAUGGACCAAUUAAACAUGAACCAGAUAUUGUCACCUCCUCGAACAAGCUGUCGACUCCUGAGCCAGUGUUCACUGCUGAUGGCAUUCCCUCAAGCACUGUGUCGAGCACAGCUUCAACUCUUCAACAGUCGUUUAUGAACGAUGGCUUUCAUUGUCUUGUGACAGAUUCAACUGUCAAUUGUCCCCAAAGCCAGCUGAAAGGUCUAACGAACGGUGCCGCUGUCCAGGAUAAGUAUAUCGCCUCCGUGACAGAGCGUCUGCUCUGUUCUUUGUGUUGUCUUCUCGAGAAUUGUCUCUUCUACCUGGUAGACUGGAUGGGACAAACAGAGCUGUUUAAAAUGAUACCUGUUGGGGACAAGAUUCAACUAUUGAAUAGCAGUUGGAGCGAGAUAAUCUUGUUAGAGUAUCUGCAUUGUUAUCUAACUCAUUGUCAGGACAACAGAUCCACCAAUCCCAUCGCCCACCACACAUCGCCCUCGGAUCCCACUAGUCACCCAAGUUCCUCGCCGAGCGGCAGCAGCAGCCGAGUUUCUAACCUUCCACAUUCAGUUUCCCGGGAUGUAUGUGACCUGAUGGAUAGUACGCUAAACUGUUUUCUGAACGAUACCGAAUUCCGGCGCAAACUGGACGGUUUGGUUGCAGAGUUUGAGCGACUCCGACUGGAUCGUAAAGAACUAACGUGCCUCAAGUUCCUGGUCCUGUUCAAUCCGGCCAAACACGACUUGGUGCUCGAAUCCAGUCAUCAGCAUGUUCUGCGUGUGCAAGGAAAACUAUCUCGGUUCCUACUACGCCGGUCGCGUCGUUCUACCCGUCCUUCGGCAUUCCAGUCUUCUCUAGACACUGCCGAACUCAGUUCUACCGCACAAUGGCCCCCUUCUGGCGCGCCUCAGUGUGAGGUUGAACCGAAAGCCUGGGACAACUCAACCACAAGUCGUUUUUCCAGAGUUUUAUUGCAAUUGUCGGAGGUGAAGUUUCUGGCGUUCCAAAUUGAGAGUUACCUGCUUACGCGAUAUCGGAACGGAAAGAUUCCUCAAGAGAGUUUGUUGAUCGAAAUGCUUCUCAACAAACGGUGCCGUCCGCAAGUCACAGCACAUAGCUCAAGUACGACGAGCUACGGUCAAAUGUCUGAGCUUUCCAUGAACGUCAUAUCAGUGUCGGGACAUUCGAACAAUGCGUAUCAUCCCGGGUCAAUCACGUCGUUGAACUGUCCGACUGACUUGAAGCCAAUCCCCACUUCCGCAACCACAUCUUUCAGCCAAUUUGACGAAUCAAUCAACCCCACUUCUGUGCUUUCUUGAUUGCCUCUUCGUCUCAAGUCACCACGUGUGUGUUGCCUCAAAUUAUAUCAUUUUUUCUACUUCAACUAUGCUCAUGAGGGUUGUUCGUGUCGAAUUCAGGGAUUCUCAGCAACCGCCUCUGAUUUGCCCCACUUUUCACAAGUGGCAAAUCCUUUUCCUUUUGUUAUAUUGAACUCAACCAGGCAACUGAUUUUCUAUCGAUCCACUUUGAAUAUUAUCUUCCCUUAGAUAGAGGCUAACUUGUUGCCUCCGUUUGGUCUAUCCAGGAUGCUUACUGUUUCAACGUGUGUCUUGCCAAGAACUACCUUUUUCGAUCCAAUAAUCUUGACACCAGUUCUUCAUUGCCGAGAUUCGCUAUUUAUCUCGGGCAUUUAUUCAACUGACUUUCCCUGUCCUCUUGGUGAUGCUCUAUCUUUUGGCUGUGAUUCGCCAAUCGGUUGCUGGCUACUGAACUGUUGCCGGUGCGCGCUUCGAGUAUCUGCGUCGCAAUAUCUGUUUCACCUUUCUUGGCCUGCUACCUCAUCUCCUUCUAAUCAGUGCGGAUUGGUUUUAGCAACAAGGAUGAUACCUUGGCUCUUUCUAUCGGUUCUUCCUCAUUCAUGUCUGACUCACAUACCGCACCAACCCACCAUCCUCGACUAACACUCCUCAGGCCACAUUGUGUACACACAUUACGAAGCCUAUAUUACUCACUGCUUGCGUUACAUUUUCAGGCAAGUUGUCCAUGUACCUUAAAUUCCAAUUUCCUGACUCAGGUCUAUGUAUUUCCGCGUUUCCUCACCCACCUGUCGACCCCAAACCUCCUUUGUUCCAUCUACUCGGAAUGCCUCUCAUUGCCAUACAAAAAUGAGGGACUGACAUUCCAAGCAUUUAGUCGAUUUUUAAAGUAUUGUUUUGCUCAAACUUUCCCGUUUCAUCUGCUCCCCGUCCGUCUGCUUUGGAACAUUCUGGACACCUUUUGCUCACAAGCCUAUACACCCACUCCAUACAUUUUUGCACGUACAGCUGCCGUGUACAGAGUUUGUUUUUUCUCUUUCCUGCCUCUCACACAACGCCACGAUUCGCCCAUUUUUUAUAAACUUAAACUGUGAGGCUGUUCGUAACAUUCGUAUCCACAGGGAUUCGGUCUUAUCCAAGAUCGCACACGAGCUCACAAGCAAGAUUGUUUGAAAUGCUCCAAAGUACCUCUCCGUCCCACAAUCAUCAAUAGGAUACACAUGAGUUGUUUCAAGGUCACUUAUAGGUUCUCUGGCCCUCUUUCCUGUAUACUGCCAUUGUCACUCCUUAUUCUUUAUCAUCCAUCUACUAAGAGACCGGAAUUUGUGUUCACUGAGCACCCAAAUGAACUCUACCUCAAAUCUGUCAUCCAUCACAAUCGUUAUCUACUCUCUCAUCCUUCCAGGUUCAUCCGAUUUUCCUUAUCACAUUUCUACCCCACAAUUCUCGCUCCCAUACCCCUUCUCCACCGUUUGCCUGAUUGACAACGACCAAAAGUACAAUCGACUCUUUAGACGACAAUCGACAUUAGGGUCUGUUUAACCCUUUGCUCGCCUCUUAAGUUGUUUUUGUACUUUCAGGAAGCUUUUCUCCUUGGUUUAUUCCCUCCGGUAGGAUCACCCAGGCCGGGAUUGUUCCCUUUUUUCCUAUUUAGCCUGCAAAACACCAUUAUUACACUAUAUGAGUGAACGCGUAUGAAUGUAGUACGACAAGCACCACUGUUUGCCUUGUGCCGCUGUAUUUGUCCGAAAU